CCUGUUGGACUUGGGCUUGCUGGGCUGCGUCGCUGGGCUGCUGGGCGGAUUGGGCCUACUGGGCUGCUGCUGACUGCAGUGGGCUGCUGGCUGCUAGACGCUGGGCCUGGCUACUGCUGGAGGGCCUGCUAUGCUGCUGCUGGACUGCCUGAGUUGGGCCUGCUGCUGGACAGGCCUUUUUUCUUCUUUUUCCUUCUCCUCUGCUGCUUGGGCUUGGGUGUGCUGGGCCUGCUGCCUGGCUGCUGGCUGGGUCGGGCACGGGACGAAUCCGGGUCGGACGAAGGUCGGGUCGGGUCGACCCGACUGUUUUAUUAUUUUGUUUAAUUUUUUUCUUUUUAUUUUUCUUUCUUUCUUCUCUUCUUCUUCCUUCCCUCUUUCAGCUCUAGCCUCUUUCACCGCUGCCGAUUGCGCCGAUCUCCUCCGCCCUCGGUGGCUGUGGUGUGGGCGAUGGUGGUGCUGCGGUGGUGGGCACGGUGGCGCUGGUGCGACGGUGGCAGCGGAUAAGGGAGGCCAUGCAUUGGGCCGACGACCGAAAAUCGUGGAGAGCAGGUGCGCAAAUCGAGCAUGUCUGCCAGAGGGACCAAAUUGCAAAUGCAACAAAACUUUUAGGCCAAGUGUAAUUUUGAGAAACUUUAGGGGUCAAAAUAUAAUUUUGAAAAAGGUAAAGGGUCAAAAAUAAUUUUAAAAAAGUUAAGGAAUCAAAAUAUAAAUUUUUUUUUUGUAUUUUUUUAAAAUUAAAGCCGGACAAAAUUUAGUUUUUACAAUCCCAUAUUAAUAUUACUAUUAGGAGUCGUUACAAGUACACAUAUCUAGAAAUAAUUAUAUGAAGAGUCACAGCAGCCCUUAGACAAAGUUUUCAAAAGCACACCACCGACCAUCAUGGAUAUUUUCUUAUUAGCCUAAUCAAUGACCUAAAAAGUCGUUUAAAAAUUGUAAAUUUCCUUUUAAAAAUUGUAAAUUGUAAAUUUUUUAAUUGAGGCCGAACCACUAUAAAAUCUUAUGUUCAUUGUUUUAUUUUCUUUUAUUGAUUCCACCAUUUUUCUUAAAGGCCAAUUCUCCUUCCCUUUUGGAGAUUUUGAGUUGAUCAAUCGAGUUAACAAACACAAAAUCAACUCAAGAUUGAUGACAAAACAAUGAUAAACAAUUGUAUUCAUUUAGUAUUCUUAAUAUGAUGUGAUUUAAAUUUCAUUUUACUCAUAAUCUAAUCUAAUUUUUUAUUUUAGUA